UUUUGUAGCUCUCUGAAAUUGAGAAAAAAAAAAUGGGUUCCAUUGCAAAGGAUCCAAGAGAGGAUGUCAUACAGGCAUGGUACAUGGAUGACAACGAUGAGGACCAGAGGCUUCCUCAUCACCGUGAGCCAAAGGAAUUUGUGUCUCUUGACAAGCUGGCUGAACUUGGAGUGCUCAGCUGGAGACUUGAUGCUGACAAUUAUGAGACUGAUGAGGAGUUGAAGAAAAUUCGGGAAGAUCGUGGAUAUUCAUACAUUGAUUUCUGUGAGGUUUGCCCUGAGAAACUACCGAAUUACGAGGAGAAAAUCAAGAACUUUUUUGAAGAACACCUGCACACCGACGAGGAGAUCCGUUACGCUGUUGCAGGAAGUGGUUACUUUGAUGUCCGCGAUGUGAAUGAGAGCUGGAUUCGCGUCUGGGUAAAGAAAGGUGGAAUGAUUGUUCUUCCUGCUGGAAUCUAUCACCGCUUCACGCUUGAUUCAAGCAACUACAUUAAGGCAAUGCGUCUCUUUGUUGGUGACCCAAUUUGGACUCCAUACAAUCGUCCACAUGAUCAUCUUCCCGCAAGGCAAGAAUAUGUUGAGACGUUUGUCAACGCAGAUGGCGCUGGUCGUGCUGUUAAUGCUGCUGCUUAAAUCAACUAUAGGAGAGGAAUUUGAAAUCGUACUAGAUUGUAAUAAAUAUUACCAUAUGGUGGCUUUGCUGUUCUUGAUGUGUGCCUUACUAAGCAUGUUUAAUGUUGUAUUGUGGCACUAAAUAAAUCACCCCCUAUGGGAGAUUGAUUGUUUAUAUGCAAGUGGAAUUUAUUAUGUGAUUUUAGGUGCUUUGUUCUUGUCAAGUAAUCCAAUAUUUCCUAUUUCUGCUUGUAAUUUAGUUGCAAUUUCUUUU